GCCUCUCAUCUCUCUCUCUCUCUCUCUACCUCUACCUCUCCCUCUCUCCUCUCUCUCUCUCUCUCUCUCUCUCUCUCUCUCUUUUCGCCGUUCUUCCUCUCGUUCCCUCUCUUCUCGCUGCCUCCUCUGAAACGAGCAGAAAGAAGAGGAAACCCUAAACAACACAAAACUCUCCUUCUCUUGAUCUGCUCUCUCCCUCUCGGAUCCGUCCACCUCUUUCUCUCCUUGAUUCUGGAAGAAACGAGAAAAAAAUGGAAACGAGAGGAGGUGGUGCUGACGGCGACGGUUGAGGUGAACAAGGCCAUGACAAGGCAAGAGGGCGUCGAUCCGGUUAAGAAGAUCGGAAGAGCAAACGACAGAAGAUGGAGAACGCCUCCCUUUCGAUUCAGGCAAGAGAACGCCUGUAGCCUCCCUAAAUCGAUCGAAAAUCGACGAUCUAGUGAGGAGGAAGAAAUCGAAGGAAGGGUGAAGCCGAGGAGGUUCUCGGCGGCUACUACACUGACGACUGGCUGGGUUAUGGAAAUGGACGGAUCUAGUGCUGUGAAAGGGGUCAGGCAGGGGGAUCCUCUCUCCCCCUACCUCUUUACUAUUGCAAUGGAACCUCUGUCGGGUUUAUUAAAUAUAGCAGCAGCAAAUGGUGGAUUCCCCUAUCAUCCUCAAUGCAGACAGAUUGGUCUCACUCACUUGAGUUUUGCUGAUGACCUCUUGAUCUUCUCAGAAGGGUCAGGUCAGGCUUUGAAGGGUAUCAGGAAAGUUUUGGACGCAUUUUAUCAACUCUCAGGAUUACAGUGCAAUCUAGACAAAUGUGAAGUGUUUUUUGGUGGUUUUGCUCACCAGUUUAAAUCCACUGCUCUACAAGUUUCUAGCUUCAAGGAGGGCAAGUUGCCAGUUAGAUACUUAGGCCUACCUUUGAUCUCAGGGAAACUGUCUAGUGUUGAAUGUGCUGUCCUAGUAGACAAACUAACCCAACGGAUCAGAGGGUGGAGAGCUCAGAAGUUAUCUUAUGCAGGCAAGAUCCAAAUUGCUACUCGUGAUAAACUGAAGAGCUGGGGAAUGAUUAUUGAUGACUCUUGCCCUCUGUGCCACGCUGCUGCUGAGUCCCGCCAGCAUUUGUUCUGUGAAUGCUCCUUUACCUCGGCUUUUCUUGCUGCACUUUUCAUGCGAGCAGUGUCCCUUCCUCGGACGUGGGAUGAUAUGUUGGUUAGCAUGACUGAUAAAGCUAUGUAGGGAGUUCAAGCAGGAUUAGUUGAUUGCUCUGUUUGGUGUUGGUGUUUGUGUUUCAUAUGGAAAGAGAGAUGCCGUCGUUGUUUUGGGUAGCAAUCUCAUUCUUCGGAGGCUCUUGGUGAGAUGUUGCGUAGGGAGAUCAGUCUGUAUGGUUGUGGAAACGUUGAUUUUCAGCAGGAGAUUAGCAGGAUUCCAACUUUUUGUGACCUGUGUUAGCUAGCUUUUGUAUUUUCAGGUUUAUCCUUCGCUGAGUGUUUAAGCUGUAAGGAUGUUUUGGGGCAUUUUGCCUUUGUAUUUUUCGAAGCUUACUGCUUAUUUGCAGUAAUGCUAGUGCUUAAACCAACUAAUCACCGGAAUUUUUUGUUGUUGUGGUAUGAUAAUUUUUGUUGGAUAUGGAUUUGGAUCUACCAAUCAAGACCCCUAAGAAAAUGUGUUUUUGACU